AUGCUGGUGAAGGCAGGUGCUCCAGUUGACUCAAUGAUCGCCAAUGUUGUUCCUCAUUUGGAGGCAGGCGACAUAAUCAUUGAUGGUGGAAAUUCGGAGUACACAGAUACCAAUCGUCGUCACGAUGAGCUGGCUAAGCGUGGAAUCCUUUACGUUGGUUGUGGAGUGUCUGGAGGAGAAGAA